ACAUCUCCUAGAGAGAUGUUACUGCAAAACAAGGUUUCCCUAUCUACUGAGUAAACUGAGUUAUAGUUGUACAAUAAUCUGGAAACUACACAACAGACUGGUUUAGCAACAAUCACGUCUCAGAAUACUCGCGCUUACUUGAGUUGAACCAAAUAACCUCUAUCAAAAUUUAUGCCAAUAUUUGACGUAUAAAACUAUCUUUGCAUUAGAACAUGAUGAUACAGCACAUUAAAAUAGUACACGGAAGUGCUUGAGGUUGUAAGACAUACACACUAAUCUCCUUACUACGUUACUGUCGAAUAAGCAACGUCAUGAACAAGGGACUAUCUAAUUGCCUUAGAGCACGGGAACUGGAUUAGAGGUAAAGGAGAGAAAAGAGGAGCGCGGUGCGUGAGGGAGGAGCUGUCAACUUUGGGCAAAAAAUGUCAUCUUCUGACAACAUGGCGGGUGCUCAGGGUCUCUUUACCGGUAUCACAGAGAGUAAUUCUAAUUUGUUUCUUGUACAGCCAGAAGAGGUGGCUCGGAGAUGGCAAGAAGGUCCAUGCCUCAGAUCGCAAAUUUUCAGCCACUUUGCAGAAUAUGUUCCCAGGAUAUACUGCACUGAUGAAGAUGCCAGGAAACAGGAUGAUGAACAGGUCCAGCAUUCAUUAUUGGCUCCUAUUGAAUGGUUUUUGUUUGGAGAGGAGCCAGCAAAAGGUUUGGAAAAGUUACAGCAGAGUGGCAGUUGUUCCCAGAUCUGUGGCAGAGUUUUCCGAUCAGGAGAGACUACGUAUUCCUGCAGAUGAACACCUCAUGUGGAGGAGGAUAUUGUGACUGUGGAGACAUAGAAGCAUGGAAGAUGGGCCCAGUGUGUGAAAAUCAUGAAUCUGGAGGUGCAGAAUCGAAUCCUCAAUGUGAGCUAGAGGAUGGACUAUCAGAACGAUGCAGGAUGUUGUUUUCCAUUCUGUUACACUAUGCUGUAGAUAUGAUGGUCUGGCAGCGAGAGGAGCAGGAACUAUGUCUUGAGCUUCAGCCUCGGCAGAAGAACGAUUUGUACUACUGUAUUCUUUUCAACGAUGAGCACCACUCCUUCAGUCAAGUUAACUAUACACUCAAAAAAGCCCUUAAUUGUAGUACAGAGGAGGCUCAGGUUCAUAGCAUACUUAUCGACAAAGAGGGACGCAAAUCUGUUAAAUACAGCAGUAAGAAAACUUGCCAGGAAACACAGGAAGCUAUAUCGAAAAUUUCUAAUGAAAUCUCUGGAUGGUCACUUCAGACUGCUGUGUUACAUUCAUCAUUAGUGGCUCAUCAAACCUUUGCUUUGCGUCUGAGUUCCUGGUUUACCAAUAUUAUUGGCUUCCACAGUGGCUUUCGUCAGAUCUUCUGUCAGGUAGCUGUAGAGGAACCUAGCCCUGAAGAGCCCUGCUGUCUCACUAGGCUAAUGUUAUGGGAUUCAAAGCUAUUUAAAGGAGCUAGGAAGACUUUCCAUGAACUAAUGGUUAGCAGUUUUCUUUUGGAAACCGAAUGCAAGAAACUUUUUGCUGUGGAGUUCACUAAGCUUUACAAGCAACUGCAGAAGGACUUUAUUGAAGAUGACCAUGAGCCUCAUAUCUCUGUGAUUUCCCUUGCUGUACAGAUCUUCACUGUUCCAACAGUGGCUCGUUACCUGCUUGAGGAACAAAAUGUGAUAACAGUAAUGGUGGAAUGUUUGUUGGAGAUGUUUUCUAAGUAUCUGGACAAGAACAAAUUUCAUUUUCUAAAUCACAACACUGAUAAGCUGAGCAGAGCUCAAUUUCCCAUUCAAGACCUUAGGGCAUGGAGGAAGUGAAGAGACAGUUUGGACAGCAUGUGGAAGAGGAACCACACUGGGAAUCUGCAUUCUCAUUACAGCUGCAGCUCAAGUACAUACUGACCAUGUUUCAGGAGUGGUGUGCAUCAGAUGAAGAGGUUUUACUGAAGGCUUACAUGAUGUGCCACAGUGCUGUGAUGGAGUAUGGGAAAGAAGCACAUUUAAAGGACUCUGUAGUUUUAUACUUGGCUGGUCAUUUGCUUAACAGCAGACCGUACAUGGUGUCAGUUGAACCAGUUAGCAUACAUCUGCCAUUGACAAGAUUACUAGCAGGUUUACAUGCACAGCUGAGCAGAACAGGAGCCAUAAGCAAAUUGUGCAACUACUUUACUGAAGAGGACUUAAAUGUUGAUCUUCUAAUUGAAUACCCUUUACGCUGUUUGGUAUUGGUGGCCCAGGUUGCAGCUGAGAUGUGGAAAAGGAAUGGUCUUUCAUUAGUCAGUCAGGUUUAUUUUUAUCGGGAUGUGAAAUGGAGACAGGAGAUGUACGACAAAGAUAUCAUUAUGCUGCAGAUUGGUGCUUCCAGGAUGGACCCUAAUCUUUUUCUUAUGUUGAUCCUGCGAAGGUUUGAGCUGUUUGAAUUAUUCAAGAAACCAUUCCUCCACAAAGACAAGGAUGUGAAAAAACAGCUAAGCAGAAUGGCAGAAGAAAUGCUGCACCUUCUGAUCAUCAUUGUGGGGGAGAGGUAUAAUAUUGGAGUAAGCCAUGUGACCAAAGAUGACAUCAUUAUGCGUGAGAUAAUCCACUUAUUGUGUAUAGAGCCAAUGUCACAUAGUGAACUAACAAAAGCCCUGCCAGAAGACGAAAAUCAUGAAACCGGUUUAGAAAAGGUCAUACAGAAGGUGGCUACGUUCAGAAAGCCAGUUGGAUCCAGUUGUGGUGUUUAUGAAGUGAAGAAAGAAAGCCUGAAAGAAUUCAACCCUUUCUUUUACCACUACUCUAAGUCACAGCAGACAAAGGCUGAGGAGGUUCAGAAGAAAAUAAGAAAAGCAGAGCAUGACAGUGAAGCUUUCCCACCACCAGUUCCUCCAAAGUUCUGCCCAGCCUUUUCUGACAUUGUCAAGAUUUUAAACUGUGAUGUUAUGAUUCAUAUUAUAAAGACCAUCCUGCGGAAGACAGUCAGAAUGAGAGAAACAUUGUGGAAUGAAGCUAUCAUACAAAGGAUACUUCACUUAAUUUCCCUAGCGUUACUGGAAGAAAAGCAGCAACUGGAGAAUGAACCAGAGGAGGAAGUGAGCUUUGACUUUUAUCAAAAAGCAACAAAAAUUGAAAACAUCGGUGGUGAAAGGAUUAGCAUCCUGUCGCUUCUUGACAAACUGAAACAAAACUUUCACUUUCAGACUCAGAUAGACAUGAUCAUGUGGACUUUGAAGAUUUUUGACUCCUUGCGACUUCUCAGAGAAAGAUCAGUAGGAGCAUCAGCAGUGGUACUGAAUCCUGAAGUUCCCAAGGCAGAAGAGAAUGCUCAUGAUAAGGAGAAGGCAGAAAGAAAACGUAAGGCAGAAGCUGCCAAACUCCACCGGGAGAAGAUAAUGGCCCAAAUGUCAGCUAUGCAGAAGAACUUCAUUGAAAAGCACAAGCUACUGUAUGAGGAUAGAGCAGAGAUGCAAGAAGUAGGGGAGUCUGAUGUUGAUAAAGAGAGCAGCAUUGAGAUGGUAGUCGAUGACACCAGAAUUGGUGUAGGGCCAGAGCAAGGCACUUCCAUGCUGAAGAAGGAGAUUUUGACCUGUAUCCUGUGUCAGGAGGAGCAGGAGGUAAAAAUUAAUAAACCUGCCAUGGUGCUAACUGCUUGCAUCCAGCGAUCCACAGUUUUGACUCAGAACAAGGGAAAAGUUCUUCCAAAGACAGAAAAUUUCAACCCCCUUUUCAUGAAUGCUGAUCUUUCAUGGGGUACCCAUACUGGAAGCUGUGGUCAUGUGAUGCAUGCAGCUUGCUGGCAAAAAUACUUCGAAGCAGUCCAGAGCUCUUCUCAUAACCGUUUCCAUGCUGAAGUAGUCUUUGAUCUGGAGAAUGGAGAAUAUCUGUGCCCUCUGUGCAAGUGCCUGUGUAACACUGUAAUACCACUUGUUCCUGUACAGUACCAAAAGAUGGACAAGGAAAAUGCUGAUAUCAUAGCCCAGAUGUUGUCAUUCUCUCGAUGGCAGGAAAUUGUUCUGGCAAGAAUUAGUGGGCUCAGAGCUUUCAAUUCAAAAGAGCGGGAUGAUGCCCAGAUGCCUCCAACAGGGAUGGCAGUAGUGUCUUCUGAUUUCAGAUCUGUCCUCAACUUUGGAGUGCAACCUUUCACGGUGUACUCUACCAGUAUUCAGGAAAUGCUUACUGUAUUUGCAACAGCAGCGUAUCGAGUAGGAUUAGAAAUUGUGCCCAAUGAAGCAGAUCCCAGGGUCCCAGUAAUGGGCUGGAGUACGUGUGCCUUCACCAUUCAGUGCAUAGAGAGCCUCCUUGAAUAUGAGGGCAAGUCUUUGUUUGGAUCCCUGCAAAACAGACAGCAUGGUAAUUUGAAGGCACUUGUACAGUUUGCAACAGCUCAGAGGGUAACAGCAAUGCAGGAUGUCAUUCAGAAACAUCUAACUAACCUUUUACCAGUGCUAUUACCCAACAUGUAUUCAGAAGAAACUCCUUCCAUUCUUGAUAUAGACCUGUUUCAUGUUUUGGUAAGUGUGGUAUGUGCCUUUCCUUCCAUAUACUCUGAGGGAUCAAUGAACCUGCAGCCCACUGCUCUCAGCUCUACUUAUAAUGAACUUUUCAUCUUUCACCUGGUGACAAUGGCACAUAUUGUACAGAUUCUUCUUACAGCUGCUAAAGACUGCCCUGCACUUAUGGAAGAAUGUGAAGAAAGUGAAGAGAGCCACUUGGCAUCCUGCUUGUAUAAUAAACUGGUACAACACACUAACAGAUGCUUAAACAGUAAUGUUUCUGGUUGGUACCUCUGGGAACAUGUGAAGAAAGGAAUAACCCCAUACCUUCGCUGUGCUGCUUUGUUCUUCUACUUUCUGCACGGAGUAUCAGCACCUGAAGUUUUGCACAGUGCAUCUUCAGAAGGACAUUUUGAAGCACUCUGCAGUUACUUAGCAUUGCCCACCAAUCUUUUCCUCCUCUUCAAAAAGUACCAAGAGUGUGUGAACAUACUUCUUUACAGGUGGUGUUCCAACCUACGUCUUGCAGACAUGCAGAAGGAAGAGCAAACAGUGUUAAGAUAUCCUCGAAAAAUAAACAAACUAGUGGAGCUCCCAGAAGAGUACAGCUGUCUUCUUAACCAGACAUGCCAUUUCAGGUGUCCGAAAUCCUUGGAUGAUGACCAGAAACACCCAGUACUUUGUCUUAUCUGUGGAGCAAUAUUGUGCUCUCAGAAUACCUGUUGUCAAGAGACAGUGGAUGGGGAGGAAUUGGGUGCCUGCACAAUACAUGCCAUCCAUUGUGCUGCUGGGUUUGGGAUCUUUCUCAGGAUUCGGGAUUGUGAUGUGAUUUUGAUGGCUGGUAGAAAUCGUGGUUGCUUAUACUCGGCUCCCUAUGUGGAUGAAUAUGGAGAAACUGAUCCAGGUCUCAAACGAGGCAACCCCCUCCACUUGUCUCAUGAACAUUAUAAGCAACUCAACCUGCUAUGGCAGCAACAUGGUAUUACAGCGGAAGUGUCCAGGAACCAAGACGUGAACAGUCUCUUCAUUUUAGACUGGCAGCAUAUGUGACACCAAAGCCUUCAUCUGCAGUUUGCAAACAUCUAUUAACGUGUGAUAGGGUAGCCACUAGGCUGAGACCUCAGCUUAUUUCUGAUGUCAUUGUACUUGCCACUUUAUUCUGCUUUGGAAUGAAUAUAGUCUUCAGUGUGAUUUGCUCUAGACCUCAGCACAUUUUUCUGCCAACUUAAUGUCUAAGAAUUAGCUGAGGUUAAUACCACCCAUUAUUUGUCUUUUCUUAUCUUUGCACUACAGUAGGUAGGAGUGAAAAGAAUGAAUCACAAGAGGAACCUGAUCUACAAGGCUGGAGUCUUCCAUGUUGGCUGUUUUACAUCUCCAUGUAUCUACUAUAUUCGUCCAUAUACAGCUAAGAAUAUAAACUGUGAAUGCCAGUUACUGAAGAAGAGUGCAGUGACAUUAUCUCACAGUGGCCUUUUUGGUGAUUGUACCAGCAUGUCUGUGUGCAUUUUAAGACUGGAAAGCCAUAAUAUCUGUAGCACAACUGUAUUUGCCUUUCAUACUUUUUUAAGGCCCAACAUCUAUGUUCUUAAUAGAGAAAGACUUAAAAACUGUUACAGAUAAUUUCCAUUCUAUUGAUUUUUAAUUCCUGUUUUCCCAAGUAUUGUCAGCACAACUUGAGUUCAUCUUUUUCCUCAACAGAAGCCCAGGAAGAGUAUAACAGAAAUAAACAUGAAAUAAAUUA